UACUCUCCGAAAUGGCCAGACGGGGGUUUCCGACCUUCCCAACAUGGCCUCUAGUCGCAGUCAUUCUUGCAGGAAGAGCGACGCGUUUCUUGACCCGGAAGCUUUAUUUUGCGGGCUGCGGUCGCUCCCGCCCUUUUGCGCUUGCGCCCGGAACCCUCUUGGAUGCCGGCAUCCGGCUCUGAGAAGGGAAGAUGGCGCUGGACGGACCGGAGCAACAGAUGGAGUUGGAGGAGGGCAAGGCCGGCAGUGGGCUGCGACAGUAUUACCUGUCCAAAAUCGAGGAGCUGCAGCUACUCGCCUAGAGAUUAUACUGGUUGUCUUCUGUCCCCUACAGCUGAUUGUUAAUGACAAAAGCCAAAAUCUCCGUCGUCUGCAAGCACAAAGAAAUGAGCUUAAUGCAAAAGUGCGCCUGCUUCGGGAGGAGCUGCAGCUGUUGCAGGAGCAGGGGUCCUAUGUAGGGGAAGUGGUCCGAGCUAUGGAUAAAAAGAAAGUUUUGGUCAAGGUACAUCCUGAGGGGAAGUUUGUGGUGGAUGUAGAUAAGAACAUUGACAUCAAUGACGUGACACCCAAUUGCCGUGUGGCCCUUCGAAAUGACAGCUACACUCUGCACAAAAUUCUGCCCAACAAAGUAGAUCCAUUGGUAUCUUUGAUGAUGGUGGAAAAAGUGCCUGAUUCAACCUAUGAGAUGAUUGGUGGCCUGGACAAGCAGAUAAAGGAGAUCAAAGAAGUGAUUGAACUGCCUGUUAAGCAUCCUGAGCUCUUUGAGGCACUAGGCAUUGCACAGCCCAAGGGUGUAUUGCUGUACGGACCUCCAGGUACUGGCAAAACUCUCUUGGCUCGGGCUGUGGCUCAUCACACUGACUGCACCUUUAUUCGUGUCUCAGGCUCAGAAUUGGUACAGAAAUUCAUUGGGGAAGGGGCACGAAUGGUACGGGAGUUGUUUGUUAUGGCCCGAGAACAUGCCCCCUCCAUCAUCUUCAUGGAUGAGAUCGACUCCAUUGGUUCCUCACGGCUAGAAGGUGGCUCUGGUGGGGACAGUGAAGUACAGCGAACAAUGCUCGAGCUGCUCAACCAACUGGACGGCUUUGAAGCCACUAAGAACAUCAAGGUUAUCAUGGCCACCAACAGAAUUGAUAUCCUAGAUUCUGCUCUACUUCGCCCUGGUAGAAUUGACAGGAAGAUUGAGUUCCCACCCCCUAAUGAGGAGGCACGAUUGGAUAUUUUGAAAAUCCAUUCUCGGAAAAUGAACCUGACUCGGGGUAUCAACCUACGGAAAAUUGCUGAGCUCAUGCCUGGGGCAUCAGGGGCUGAAGUAAAGGGUGUGUGCACAGAAGCUGGAAUGUACGCCCUUCGAGAAAGGCGUGUCCAUGUCACCCAGGAAGACUUUGAGAUGGCAGUAGCCAAGGUCAUGCAGAAAGAUAGUGAGAAGAACAUGUCCAUCAAGAAACUGUGGAAAUGAAGUGGUCAGCUUUACAUCUCCCAAAUAAAGCUCUCUGGGCCCGUUCUCCUA